AGAGAGAGAGAGAGAGUGAGAGAGGAGGGAUGACAGGAGAUGUAGUUGUUGCCGCGGCAGCAGAGCGGGACAGAUCUGAGACAGUAAAACACUCCUCCUCCUCCUCUUCCUCCUCCUUCUUCUUCUUCUUUUUUAUUAUUACUCCUCCUGCGUCCGUCCUUCCCGUUAACACCUGGACACACAACAACAACAACAAAAAAACCUGCUGCUGCCUUCCUCUUCCUCACCUUCAUCAUCAUCCUCUUCAUCAGCUGUGGACGGCCAUACAUGGACAUGGAGUAAGGACGGCCGGACGCCUCCUCCUCGCUCUCCAACGUAAAAGCCACUGUCUCUCCACCACCAACUAAUGCCCCCAACCCAGAGAGAGAGAGAGAGAGAGACACAGUAAAACACAGAGACAGAUAAAGGAAAAUUAGAGAGGGCAAAACAGCAAGCAAAAGCAAAACGAGAAAUAGAAAGAGAGGAAGAGAGGGAGGCUGCACAUCCAUAAUCUCCACAGCAGAGAAACACUUAGAGGGAGGGGAGGCAACACGGGCGAUUCUGUCUAUCUUGCAACUUCAGGAACCAUCAUCACAAUUUAAUAAGAAUUUGAAAGGCUGCGGCGCUGCAACAAAUCAGUCUACAGAGGGAGAGAGGGCGGUCGAGAGAGGUAGACACAGAGAGAAAGAGAGAGAGAGAGGAAAGCUGCAGCGAGGUGGAGGCCAGACACCAGCGCUUUAACACUUUCCUACCUGGAUUUAUAUCUUUUUGUCCCAGCAGCAAUAAAUAAUCCUGUGACUGCAAUAUCAGAGAAUAACUUUAUUAUUAUUUUACACAUAUUUUAAGACUGCUGAGAGUACAAGAAAUUAUGUUUUUCUACCAGGAGAGUUCUACAGAGGAACAUCUUGUUAUUUAGAGGACUUACACAAGUUCUUCAGGAAAAACAACAAAAAAGGGAUUAUUCCACCUGUAAUUCCUGAGAGUUUUUCUGGGUUUUUAUGAAAAAAAAGUCACUUUCCCCUGAGGGUGGUUCUACAAGCCAGGAAGAGCUCCGCUUUUAUUUUGGAGGGCAACAGGAAGCCGGCAUCUACCAGAAGGACGUCAGAAACUAAAAUAAAAGACGGGCCACACACCUGUCAGAUGAAGCGGCUUUCCCGCUCCUUUAAGGCAUUUUUUUCAUGGCUUGACACCUAACUGCCAUCUGACCCCUCCCCCAGACCCCCCCUUCCUCCCCCCUCAACAUGGCCGACCACUUCCUCUCUCACUGCCAGCCAGGGCAGGAAGAGAAGUGAACAAGGAUUUAGUUAAGGCAAUUACCUCGGAUCCAUUAGCUCCACCCUCCUCCUCUUCCAACAGAACUCGACUUUCUGCGGGUUGGGACGCACUGAUGCAAGAUGGCGGCCGGUGUGGCGACGUGGCUGCCGUUUGCGCGGGCCGCGGCGGUGGGAUGGCUGCCGCUGGCCAAGAAGACGAUGCCCAAACCUCCUGUGGACAACUCGUCCAAAUCAGAUGAGAUCCUGUACGUCAACGUCAGCGGGGUCAGGUUUCAGACAUGGAAGAACACUUUGGAUCGUUAUCCGGAGACGCUGCUGGGCUCUUCGGAGAAGGAGUUUUUCUACAACGAGGACACUCAGGAAUACUUCUUUGACCGAGACCCCGAAAUGUUCCGGCACAUUUUGAACUUUUACCGCACCGGGAAGCUCCACUACCCCCGCAACGAGUGCAUCCAGGCCUUCGACGAAGAGCUGGCCUUCUACGGCAUCGUGCCGGAGAUCAUCGGAGACUGCUGCAUGGAGGAAUACCGAGACAGGAAAAAGGAGAACCAGGAGCGUCUGGCCGAGGACACGGAGGCCAAUGAGGGGAUGGACGCCCCCCUCCCUCCGCACAGCACCUCCAGGGAGCGUCUGUGGCGAGCCUUCGAGAACCCGCACACCUCCACCAUGGCGCUGGUCUUCUACUACGUCACCGGCUUCUUCAUCGCCGUCUCCGUCAUCGCCAACGUGGUGGAGACGGUCCCCUGCCGGCCGCGCAAAGGCAGCGUCAAAGACCUUCCCUGCGGGGAGAAAUACCAACUGGCCUUCUUCUGCAUGGACACGGCGUGCGUGCUCAUCUUCACCUUCGAGUACCUGAUGCGUCUGUUUGCCGCGCCCAGCCGCUGCAAGUUCAUGCGCUCGGUGAUGUCGGUGAUCGACGUGGUGGCCAUCAUGCCCUACUACAUCGGCCUGGUGAUGCCCGAGAACGAGGACGUGAGCGGCGCCUUCGUCACCCUCCGUGUUUUCCGCGUCUUCCGGAUCUUCAAGUUCUCUCGCCACUCGCAGGGUUUGAGGAUUUUGGGCUACACGCUAAAGAGCUGCGCCUCCGAGCUCGGCUUCCUGCUCUUCUCCCUCACAAUGGCCAUCAUCAUCUUCGCCACGGUCAUGUUCUACGCCGAGAAGGGCACCGCGGGGUCCACCUUCACCUCCAUCCCGGCCUCCUUCUGGUACACCAUCGUCACCAUGACAACGCUCGGGUACGGUGACAUGGUUCCCAACACCAUCGCAGGGAAGAUCUUCGGUUCAAUCUGCUCUCUCAGCGGCGUGCUGGUGAUUGCCCUGCCGGUGCCCGUCAUCGUGUCCAACUUCAGCCGGAUCUACCACCAGAACCAGAGAGCGGACAAGAUGAGAGCGCAGCAGAAAGUGCGUUUGGCUCGGAUCCGCAUGGCGAAGAAAGGAACAGCCAACGCCUUCCUCCAGUACAAAGAAGACCGAUCACUCGGGGACCGGGACAGUGACACCACGGCUCUGUGUGUGAAGAACAGAUCAGCGUUCGAGCAUCAACACCACCACCUGCUGCACUGUCUGGAAAAGACAACGAACCAUGAGUUCACUAACGAGAUGACCUAUAGCGAGCUGUGUAUGACAGAGUCGGUGGGCUACAGGACCAGUCGCAGCACCUCCCUGUCCAGCCAGCAGGGGGCACAGAACAAUUCCACCGGCUGCUGCCCCCGCCGGGCCAGGAGGAGAGCCGCCAUGCGACUGGCUAACUCCACGGUGUCCGUCAGCCGGGGGAGCGUCCAGGAGCUGGACACCCUGCACAUCAAAACCACCUCCAUACCACCACAAACUCGUUCCAGUCUGAACGCCCAGACGGGUGACCUGAAGCUGAACUGCGGGGAACAAGAUUUCACCGCUGCUAUUAUCAGCAUCCCCACGCCGCCUGCCAACACGCCUGAUGAGAGCCUCCCCCCAUCGCCCGCCCCCAUACCAGGCAUCCUACGCAACACCCGGGCCACCGCCUACACCCACGACACUGUCAAAAUCUCCUCCUUAUAACCUCUGACCACGCCCGCAACCUCCCCCUCGACACCCUCCCCUCCGCCCCACCCGCCAACCUCCCCAUGAACUUCCUUUAAACCUCUGAUCCUGAACCCAGGGCACUGCUAGCUGAGAUUUCGGGGACAAAGACUUCUCAGACGGAUACUUUGAGUACCUGCUGGUUACUUUCGCUUACCAUUUUGUGGAUUACAUGGAAAUGGAGACAAAAUGGCAUCCCAUAUGGGAGACAGCCGCCAACUGGAGCUGGGAAAGCAAGCAAAAAUCAAAGGCAAGGAAUUUUAAAAAGGAACUAUAACCUCCCGAAGGCUUUCCUGAGUCUUAAGAAUCAACCCUUCAUGCAUUUCGGACCCCAACACGCACUUGCCUUCCUGCACAGUUUUGACCUUUUGGAUCUGAUUGCACAAACCCUGGGAGGGUACAUCUUGGACCGACGACGGAAAAGAUGCCAAGACUCCCAGCACCCCGAAACCAACUUUGUUUCGUUGGGUCUAUAAACUUAAUUAUUGAGAGGAGGGGUGAAAAAUGGCUGUCAAGGACAGCGGUCUUAUUUUUCAGUGUAAACCUACCGCGAAUGAACUGAGUCAUUGGUCUUGGCAAUGAAUCUGAGGGCCUGCCGACCAUUGGAGGAUCUUUUAGACUCUUUUAGACCCUUUUAGGAAAAAGAUGUGACAGAGAUGAUCUGUUGACAACCAAACAACCUUCAGUGGCUUCAGAGGCCAUAGCUAUAAACAGGUGACGGCUGUCAGACCGAUAUAGCUAAAAAAAGGAUACGUACGGUUUGGUAUUUUGGCUUACCCUAAAGGGGAUGGUUUCUUUUCUUUACAUCAAAAGACUGGAUCUUCGAGCCUGAUUGCAGAGAAAAAGUCGAACCUCUUUUGCUUGAAAUGUAAAGGUUGUAGGUUUAAACCCAGCAAUGGAUCAGGAUGUCUUUGAAGAGGACCAAAGAUGAAUUUUAGUUUUAUGAAGAGUUGGCAGUAUAUAUGGAUGAUUCCUUCACUGGGUUUAAGCCACUUCAGGUCACAUUUUAUGGAAAGUAAAGAAAUAAUGACAGAGAACUCUUGAGAUUUUAAAAGGAAUUCAGUUGAAAGAGGUGAAAAUCUCGGAACGAUAAUCCAGACGCUGCUGAAACACAUGAAUUUUACACAUGAACUGAACUCAACUGGGUUUAAUGAUCUAUGCUGAGCCUGAAUACUGUUCACACAACUACACUGAGCUGAUCUUAACUUCAAGGAGCUGAACUGGUCUGAGCAGCGCUGGACUUCUAAAAGGGACAAUGGGUUAAGUGAGGGAUCCUGGACUGGAUUAAUCAGGUCUGACAUGGAUUGGUCUGGUCUGGCUGUAGCUCAGAAGUGUUUGUCAGUGUGAAACUGACACCCAGACUAGGAACGAAAGCCUUUACUUUUCAAAAUAUGCAACAUUACAACAAGCAGGAAAAUAGCAUCAACAAAUGAACAGAAUAAUAAUAAUAACAAUAAUAAUGUGUGUGUUAUAAAAACUACAGUAAUUAUUGCAGGGAACAUAAUGUAAAGCAACUAAGAAAUUCAUUUGUUAUGUGAUCUUUUCAGUGAGAGAGAGGACACAAGUAUUCUGCAAUAGAUUUAAAUGGGAAAGGGAAAUGCAACCCCGAAAGCUCUUUAGCACUAAAAUCACGUUUGUCCCGAUGACGUAACCCGAAGGAAAGGGUUGUUUUCAUCACAUUCAUUAAGGCGGGAAAGAUAAAUUUAGUCUUAUUUAUUGUUAAUCCUCCCUAAUUUCAAGAGCGUCAAAACCUACUAAUGCAAAAUACAUGAAAGGAUCAUAUUUAAUCUAAAAUAAAAAGUAAAAUAAGGCCGUUUGAACAUAGCCUACGUUGGCUAAAUUGACCCACUUUUUCCUGCCAAAAUAUCUUGGCUACUAAUAAAUUGAACAGGCGCCUUUAGCUGAGUUCUCUGGGAAGAAUCAGGUGGUGAACCAUCAAUCAAUGAACUCACCAACUACUGUCUUUGUAGAAAGCUGAGUCCUCUUUCAAAUUCUCCUCUGUUCCUCUAGCUUCAGUUCCUCUGUGUUUUUUCUCUAGGAGCGUUUCUUCCACUAGUUUUUCUGAAAAGCUGAAAAACAUUCAUGAGCUUUUCUGUCCAGAUUAAUUGGAUAAUGAGAUAAAUGAGUGUCGGCUGCACAAUCAAGUUUUGAUCAAAAUCACAAUAUGGUCAAUUGCAAUAUGCAAAUCGCAGAAGCUUGUUUGAUAAAGGUAAAAUAUGUGACAAUCGAAACAGACCCCAACAAAAGUCGCAUCAUCAUGAUUUUAAUAGUUUUUUCAGAGAAUGAAAAUUGUGGUGCAAAAAUGACCGUUCCUACUAAUUGUAAAUCAUAUUGUUAUCACAACAUCUGUCAAAAAACAUGCUAACAUGUUACUAGUUCAGCAACUACCCCUGUUCUAGCUCCAUCUAUUUCACAAGGACACACAGAUAAACUUAAAUGAGCCAUCCAAGUCAUCUAUGAACAUAUGAUACUUAAAUCUCAUUCAUUUCAGUAACUGCAACAUUUAACCUGGAAAAAAAACAGAUAGUCCCUCCAGGAAGUUGCAUGUUUCAAUUCAACCAAUCCCCAUGAAUUCUGCAUGUUCUUAUAAUUUUGUCCAGUCACCGCAAACAUUUACAUAAAUUUGACGAAUCAUUGUAGUUUCCUUGAGUUUCAAUCAUAGCAGUAUGCACGUCACCAAACUAUUAGCAAUUUUAAAGAAGCUGCCAUUAAAUCUGGUAUUUUAGGCCACAACAAUUCUAAAUAAAGCUUAAAAAAAACCUGGACGGAAUGAUUAAAUUAAAUAAAUAAACUAAACAACAUAUACAGUUACUUAUAUUCAUAUACUGAAGGAAGAAGCUGCUGGUGGUACAAUAGCGGAUAGUUCUGUAUCGCUUGCCAGCCCACACUUUGUUCUAUUUUAUUGCUUUUAUUCUAUUCUAGUUGUUGUUUCUGUUAAUACAUUUCCUGUGUCUAUAACACACAGGGACAGUUUUAAAUUAAUGAGCAUAUUUUCAAGAUGUAACUGCUUCUACUGGGGAUUUCUGGUCAUAUUUCUUGGCCGCAGUGGUUAAAAAGUAAAAUUGUGUAUAUUUAAAAGUCUUUAACCCAGAUUCUGCUAUAAACACAAUGGUAUUAUUAUUUAGGUUACCAGAAAGACUGAUGGUAGAAACCCGAGAGAACAGUGGAACAUGAGCUCGCACAAAAAGGAGACAAGGCUUUGUUUUACUUUUUAAAUCCCAGAUUAAAAACUAAACGUCCUCUCUUAAUACUGUACGUCAUCGGCCACACGUGACUUCACCUGCUAGCGUUUCGGUGAAGCGUUUCCUCGACCAAUCAGAAGCAAGAGUGUGAGUGAGUGACAUGCAGACAGGAGACAAGACGUACAUACUGUAACAUAUUUUGUAUCAUAAACUUUCACCUGCAUCUUCCAAUCAAAUCCUCAAACCAAAAAAAGAAAAAGAAAAAAAAGAUAAGAGAUGAAAGUCGUCGGGUACCUGACUGGCGUUUCUCCGUGCAUGAGCCUUGUGCAGUAGAAGUAGCACUACUGAUCAUAGGAAUUUAUCAACCAUAUCAAAGAAUAAAAAAGCUAGAAAAAAAACACAACACAAUGGGGAAAGAAAUCUCAUCAUCCGUUCUUUUGCAUGACGACUGUUUUUUUUCCCUCUCCUAUCAGUCAUUGGUUUGUUUUUCUCAUCCUCCCCCUCUUUCCCUGUCCCGAAACUUUUCAAGACGAGUGUUUGCACCACCGAGAAGUUAGAUUACCAAGAAGAAAUAAAACAGAGUAUAUAAAUGAGUUCAAAAAUAAAAAUCAUUCAGGCAUGUUCCUCGCCAGAAUGCAAAGAGUGUGUGUGUGUGUGUGUGUGUGUGUGUGUGUGUGUGAACGGGCGGGUGUUUGUUUGUAUGAGUGUGUGUGUGUGUUUGUAUGAUGAGCAGUCACAAAUAUGCAUGGAUACCGUUAUAGGUAUUUUAUCUGUUUUCUCCGGCAGUUUAAAGAGAGACGAGUGAGAGAGGAGACUGAACCGGCCGUCUGUUCACCGGACGGAUAUUUUACACUGAUUUUGAACUCUUUGUCACUUUUAUUGUCAAAAAAAAGUCUUAAUGUUUUCACUUUGUUGUGUAGCUGUAGCUCCCAGCCGGCCUCUGCUCCCCAAUAAAUCAUCAUCAUUUAACUGCAGAAUUAUUGGAAUGAUGAUGAUGCGUAAUAGAUUUAAAUAUUAUAUAAUUUAACAACUUUGUUUUUAAAUUAGCUUUUUCCGGGGCUUUCAACCAAUUCUCAUAGUCUUCACUGAUGAAAAGAUUUUGCUCCAAUACGGUUAAAAGCUCCAGAUAAAGAUGGGCCUUGAGUUAGCAUUAUUACUGACUUUAAACGAUUAAUUUAUAAGCGAACAUAAUUGAUUAUGUUCCCUCUAUGUACUCAUUUAAAUUUGAAACUAUUAAAACUGUUAAAACAUGUAUUGCCCAAUUAACUAAUUUAUGUCCCGUUUGGCCUUCCGUACAACAGUUUUCACAGCAUCAGUCAGCAGUUUUAGCUGAAUUAGUUUAAACAUUUUUGCAAUUUUCUGGGUAAUGAACCUGGUCUUUAAUUUUUUUUGUUUUAAAUUGCUGCAUUAUACAGGAAAUUAGUUUGAAAAUAGGUUUUUAGUAACUUAUUCUUGUAAUUUAUUUUACUUCUUUCUUUAUCUGAUGAGGAAAGUGAUGUUAAACUGUGAAAUUAAAUGUUAACUGAUCCUACGGAGGCUUGGUGGCUGGGAGCCGUAGCUCUAGUGCACUUUACUGAGAUCUACUGUUGAGUCAUUUAAUCCGUUGUAGGUAUUGAUAUUUAUUUCUGCAGCUGUCGCUCUGAUGUCAACAAACAGGAAACAUCUGAAGAAUAUUUCAAAUGUUAAUUUUCACAUUUUCAUUGAUCUAAUGUUCCCUGGAUUGAUGAGUUCAUUGUUUCAUGAAAAUGUAAAAGCAAGUUAAUUGUAGCUAAUUGACUAAUGUGAUUGAUCUAUAAUCAAAAUUUAUAAUUGAUUAUCUUUGCGUCAUGUCACUAAUCAUUUUGGGGGGGGGGUUACUUUCAUAUCAGGAUUUUUGUGAAUACGGAUAUGGAUUGGCAACUGGAAAUCAAUAUGAGUAGCACAUCAGAUAAUGACGCAAAGAUAUUAUUAAUCAUAAUUCAGAGUAUUGAUCAGUCCAGUCAUAGUUUUUAAAUGUUAUUUGACAAAAGUGAAAUUUAGCAUUUAACUAAUUUUCUAGCCAGAUGUUGCCUGUAUGUCACAGCCUCAGACGGAGAUUUAAAGAGCAACUUAACACCAGACUUCAUUCUUAAGCUUUUAAUUAAAGAUUGGUUGUGGUCCCAGUCUAGAGACACCUGAGAUACCCAACUUAUUUGACCAGUGACCCCUUAAAUCGAAGCAAUAUCUGCUUGUGACCCUCUCAACACUGGUUGCACAUAUCUACCAGUUGUCACCAGUUAAACCAAAGACUGUUAUUCACAGCAAAAAACAAAGUUUAGAGCAUAUUCUAAAUAUAACGAAGAUUGUUGUGUAGCAAAUUUUUUCUUUCUAUAGUCCUAUCUAGCUGAUCAUUUCCAUUAGAUUUCUUUCUUAAGAGCUCGGAGCUACUGCAUAAAACCAGAGUUACGUGAGCUUUUGAAUAUGUGAAACAGGCGUUUUCCAGCUAAUACUUGGUGUCAAGUUGCUCAUAAAUUGUCCAACAGCUGUUUUUAAGAGUAGGUUUUUCAUCUGAAGUGGCUGUCCUGUUUGUUCUUCGAAUUAAUUCAAACCAACAAACUACAUUUAUUAUCAGACAAACAAUGAAAGCACAUCGGUUAAAUGCCGGGGAGACAAACGGGAGGAAAUAAAUAACCAGUUGAGACGACGACCAGCACUUCAGAUGCCUCUGAGUUCAACAGUUCUUCGUCCAGUGUACUGAUGGACCAUAAGUCUCAGAGAGAGAGAGAGCAGUGGUGAAUGAAAGGAGGAGAAAACAGCAUUAAAGCACAGAGGUGUAUAUUCCAUUCCACUAAUAAAGACAAGAGAAACCAGAA